CGGAGUACACGAAAGCUCAAAGAAGGCAUCGGUGACGCUUGGAAAGCUUGAAAACGUCUCGCCGUUGCAUGGAUUGGAACUAAACUGAUCAAGACGAAAACUGGAUACGCAAAACUCAUCUUUCAACGCCCCUCACCGCUCGCCGAAGCGCCAUCACCACAGAGCAUCGUCCGACUCCUGCAUCGACCCUGCGUCCCCGCUGGCUCGCUCGCAACCUCUGCAAAAUCUUCUCUGACUCUGUUCCUGUCCUGUCUGUUCGUCCGCUCGGUAUCCGCUGUCAUCCGAUUUCCGUGCACUACAUCGAGAUUUGCGCCGAGGCCGAUUUGCUCGUGAAAUUCUAAGCUGGUUCGACAAAUCAUUCACUCGCGCGACAAAUCAACUACUCGCCAAGCCGUUUGCAUCUCCGAUUAUCACCAUUCGCACUUCGGUUCGGGUUUCAAGUCUAUCCGAUUUGGUGGGACAGAAGCUCCGUCAGCCAGCCCUAGAACCGCACAUCAUGUCAUCAGACGAGCCCCAAUCCGGGCCUACCAUCGAUACCUCAUCAAGCUCGAGUUACAGUUUCAGUAAACAUCCGUUGACCGAGGACCUCUUGUCCUGGUUCACUCAGAACGGAGGCUGGCUGAGCCCGGAUGUCCAAGUUGUCUACAACGAGUCGCAAGGCCGUCACAUGCGGGCGCUGAGACCGACAACUCCGGAGGUCGUGACUUGCCCGUUAAGGCUGACGCUUUCAAGCCUCAACCUAGACCCUGACCAGAAAGAGGUGCUACCGAUCACGAGCCCUCUGCAGCAAUGUCGUGGCAGGUUACCUGAUCAUAUACUAACAUAUCUUCUCCUGAUUGAACAGCGCAUCAAAGGCAAGGAGUCACCAUGGCACAGCUACAUCGCAUGUCUGCCUGGACCGGAGAGUAUGACGACGCCUCUUUGGUUCGAUGAUAAGGAUGUGGCGUUUCUUGCUGGCACCAGCUUGUCUCCUGCUCUCAAAGAAAGAAAGGCAGACUAUCAAAAGCAAUCUGAAGACGCUGUCAGCGUGAUGAAAGAAGUCGGCGUUAGUUGGGCUGAUCAAGUAGACUUCAAAUCUUUCCUCUGGGCCGCUACGAUAUUUACCUCUCGAGCAUUCAUCUCAACACACAUUCUGCCAGAGAUAGAGACGAUUCCAAUCCUGUUCCCAGUCGUCGACAUCCUCAACCACUCCGUCACCGCCAAGGUGGAGUGGGACUUUCGGCCUCAUCAAUCUUUCACCCUCCGCUGUCUCGACAGCUCAACCUUUACUGCCAACGAAGAACUAUACAACAACUAUGCCCCGAAGCAGAAUGACGAGCUGCUCCUCGGGUACGGUUUCUGUCUGCUUGACAACCCGAUCGAGCAGUUUGCUCUGAAACUAGCCUUCCAACCUGAGCUCAUGCAGUACGCCACGCAAAUGGGACUGAUGAAGCCCGAGAGCGUGCCAUUUGGUAUGGACACAUCGUUCCUGAAAACAGACCCGAAUAAAGAACAACACUUUCUUCGUGCCAAAGGUCAUCCAUUCGGGCGGUACCAGAAUUCUAUUUCAUUCUUCCGCGGUGUGCCUCCCUUCAUCGUACACUUUUUCUUCAUCCAGACAAUUCUGUCUCACGACAUCAGUCUAGACAGCAUCAACGGCGAAAGGCCUGAUGAGAAAGUCACCGUGCAGAUCCUGGCCUUGCUACACCAGGCGCUCACGCAGCGCAGCUCUACUCUCCCACUCACCUUCGCCGCGGAACCGACCAACGUCAAGCAGCAGUUCGCUAAGAUCUACCGCGACGGCCAAGCGAAGAUUGUCCACGCUGUACGUACCGAGCUGCAGUCCGCCAUCAACACCCUCCGCGUCCCUCCCAACACCGCGCUGCCCCAGCGCUCAGCCCUCCUGACCAUCUCCAACGGCCUGGCUGCUCUGCGUGCCGAGUACCCCUCUGCCGCUGCCACCUUCGAAGCAGGCCUGAAGAAGCACCAACUCGACAGCCCGCAGGACGAGCGACUCAUAUGGACCAUCCUCCUCGUCACAUACGCCGCUCUGAUCCUCACCAACGCCGACGACGCCAGCGGCGUCAACUCUUCCCUCCUGGCGUCGCUCACUGCCUCACAUCCCCUGCCGAGGCUUGAGGACGGCAUCGAGGACGCGGAAACAUAUUCCUUCCUCGACGAUCACCUCGACGACUUCCUCACUCUGGACGGCCAGCCAGUAGACCUAGGCCCCAGCGAUAUACUCGACGAUCUAGGACUUACGUUUGUCAAGGCUCAGGGGGGUGAGGCUGCGUUUGUUGACGGGCCGACGGAGAAUCUGGGUGUCAGGCUGGUCAUGUGGGGUAUGGGUGUUGCGCAGGCUGAUGUGCUGCCUGUUGUUGGGUCAGACAGAGUAGAAAUGUGUUUAUUUGUUCAGGCUUGCGGGUCAAAGGGGGAGUGGAUGGAUAGUGAAGUAUGAAGCAUGUGGAGGCUGCGGGAGCUGCCCUUCUUUGCCUCUUGUAGAAGAUGUUAGAAACUUUCGUGGGGGGCGGACAUGUAAAUUCAUCUGGCGGAAAGCCA